AUGUUUGAGCAACUCUUUGACAAACCAAAGAUGACUUAAAAACUGCUUUUAAAGCCCCCCUUUAGAUAUCUCCACGAUAUCUUUGUUGCCACUUUGCAAGCAACUGGCUUUGGUAAUGGAAUUUACGAUGAAGCAGAGUUAGACACAAAAGCUAAUCAUGAAAAGGAUGCUAAAAUCAAUAUUCUUGCCAAGAUGAUUACACUAACUGAAAUGAUCGUAGGUGAGAAGAUUGAUGUAAAGCCAUCCAAGAUCGUUGCAGGACUAGAACCUGAUAAAACUAAUUAUUUCUUACAACGACUUUUCUAAGCUGCAACCAGUGGCAUUGACUCAGCUCCCUUCGUAGCAAAAUUAAUGGGAGGAGGAGAUGAAGGUGAUGACGGUUAAGCUGAAGCAUUGGAAGCAUAAGCAAGAGCUGAAGAAGAAGCUAGAUAAUAGGAGGCAAAAAAGAGAUAAUAAGAUGACAAGAAAAAGAAAAUCGAAGAAAAGAAGAAGCAGGAGGCGAUGCUUAAGAAACAAUAAGAAGAGGAAGAGGAUAGAUAAAGAUAAGAAGCUGAGGCAGCUAGAUAAAGAUAGCUUGAGGAAUAAAAGAAGCAGGCAAAAGGAGCUAAAAAGGCAGCUAAUAAAGCACCAGCUAUAAUAAAAGAUAAUGAGAGGGAAGAGGAGUAAGAAAUGUAAGAAGAAGCACCACCUCAAUAUGAAGCUCCUCAAAGAAGAUUUGAGAGUGAUGGAAAGGAUGGUGCCUUUGUCGAGCAAACUAAGAAGAUGCUUGAGGAGGAGAAUGAUAAUAAACCAUCAGUCCCAGAGGGAGGCGGUGGUGGAGUCAAAAUAGUCAGAAAACUUGGAAAGCAAAAGCAGAACCCUGCAGCUAAUCAGCAAUAAGCUUUCUCAAAGAAACUUGGUGGAGAACAAAUGCCAGUUCCUGAGAAAAGAGGUGCUGCUGGAGGUUUCACUGAAAAUGAUAUUGAGUUCAUGAAGAAAGCUAUUUAAAUUCUUUGCCAAAGUACUAAUCCACUAGGAAAAAGUAUUGACUUCGUGACUGAUGAUAUUGAUUCUAUGAACAAGGAAUAUGAGCACUGGAGAAGAGAGAGUAUUGCCUGCCAGUCAAAGUUAGAAGAACAAUAAAGAAUCACUGAAGAAGUCAUAACUCCUUUACACGACCAGUUAGCUGAUUUGGAAGAGAAGUUAAAGGAGCAACAGAGUAAAAUCAACAGCAUCAAGUCUUAGAUUAUGCACAAUGAUAUCAGCAUCUCGAAUUUACUGUACUCAGUAAUCUCAACUAGAUGA